ACAAAUACACAGCUAUGUCCUUGUAUAAAGGUCAAGAAGUUGAUCAUGUGAUAUCACUUAGUGUGAGGAACACAAUAUUGUGAAAAUUUAGUUUUCCUGUUUAUAUCUUGUUUAACAAAGAUGCUUUUAGAUGGAAAGAAAAUACAUAGUGUAUAAUAUUUCUGUGAUUUUCCAAUAGUUCUUGUGGACUGUUAUUGUCUCAUCACCGCGCACGUGAAUUUCGACGAAAACACUGAAGUGAAGACAGAUGGAUCGGAAUGUGACAUUCCGAUCAGUGUCAACCUGUCCCAAAGACGCUUCCACUUGGCUGAGCAACGGCAUCAAGUUACAAUGCCCCAAUGAUACACUAGGUAGGAACCUGUACCAGUGUGUACCUAAUGAGAACAGAUCGUCACUGGUGGAAUUUUGUUCUAAAGGGAGUAUUGCCAGAUUUGAAGCAAAUAUCUGCCCCUAUGCUGUAUCUUCAGGAUACCUAGACGCCAUCGACUGCUCCAGUUUUCUCAAAGGUUGUCCAAGGGAACCUUACAAUACCAACGAAGUUAUCAAAUAUCCAGCCUGCUUGGAAAUAAAUCCACAAAAACGCUGUUAUUUGGCAAAUGAAAACUGUUUAAAUAAAACGAGUCAGGAAAUACAGAAUUCCACAACUUUUCAUCUCAUGACUGACUCCUCUGCAUACACUCUGUCCACAGACAGCUUCAAUCCCACCUCGUUGCCACCAAACAGUACUUCUAAUUUGCAGCCGGGGAUUUCCUUAUUGAUCGCACUAGUGGUUAUUUUCUUCUCUUUUUACGGCAAUCUAUAG